UUCCCCUUUCUCAAAUUAGGGUUCCAAAUGGCAGAGGGUCCUGCAAGCCCCGGCUGCGGCAGUCAUGAGAGCAGCGACCACAGCCCUCGCUCCAACGUCCGCGAGCAAGACAGGUACCUUCCCAUCGCCAACAUAAGCCGCAUCAUGAAGAAGGCUCUUCCCGCCAACGGUAAAAUCGCCAAGGACGCCAAAGAGACUGUUCAGGAAUGCGUCUCCGAAUUCAUCAGCUUCAUCACCAGCGAGGCCUCUGAUAAGUGUCAGAGAGAGAAGAGGAAGACUAUUAACGGUGAUGAUUUGCUCUGGGCGAUGGCCACACUCGGUUUCGAGGAUUAUAUUGAUCCUCUUAAAAUUUACCUCAACAGAUACAGAGAUAUGGAGGGUGAUACCAAGGGCUCAGCCAAGGGUGGAGAAUCAUCUGCUAAGAAAGAUGUUCAACCAAGUCCUAAUGCCCAGCUAGCUCAUCAAGGUACUUUUUCUCAAAGUGUUAGUUACACAAAUUCUCAGGGUCAGCAUAUGAUGGUUCCAAUGCAAGGCCCAGAGUAGGUAUCAAGUCUGUUAACCCGCCUGUUGUAAUGUAUGUUUUCUACGCUGGUUAGCAAGUGUUCACGGCAUAUUGAAUGUCUUUUUAUGUUAUGUGAAUACUGACAUAGGAGAUGUUGGUUCUUGUGUCGAGAUAUUUUUUUAAAAUUAAGGUUUGUAUAUUAUCUUUGGAGUCGAAUUAUUAUUUGAAAAUUAUUAUAUUGUAAAUCCUAGAGCCCUGUUGUCUGAAACCAUCAGGCGGCCUGGCAAAGACUGAAGAUUUUAGGACUGAUUGUAAGCAUAAAUCGGAAUAUUCUUUUCCUUAUUUCUUUGUACAAUAAUGUAUGAAGAAGGCCCGAGCUUCUUUUAUAUU